CAAAGGGAAUAAACAUGUGUAUAGCAAAACAUGUGUUACUGAUAUCCUUUCCUGUGAGAAAUACUUCAUUUUCUUGAGAAAAUUCUGGGGUGCCAACAUUUACGGCCAUGACUGUGUCCCAGAUCCACAGACAAUGAUGACCAGGUUUUGUCAAAUUGCCCACAUAAUUUUCCAUCCUUAAUGUCACUGACUACGGCCAUUGUGGACUAAAGAUGCUCCCAUCCUAUGUGAACCCUCAAAAGAUUGAGCAGGAGAUUUCAGGGAAGUGGAAAAUGAAGAUUUCCUUGAGAUCGGCGCUGGUGGUGGCAGUCAUAACGUCGGUUCUUUUACUAGUGUUUAACCAGAAUAAAGUGCAGAUGCCUAAAAUAAACAUGCUUCAGUUGUGUACCUGCCAGUCGACCAAUACCGCCCCUGGUUCACCGGGCCCAAUGGCGACAGACGGUGAAAUCGAGGAGCUAUUCAAUAAGAUUGACAAGCGAAUUCCCCAACGGACGAUCGAUGAUAUAGUGGAGGCAACCAGUGCGCAGGAGAGCAUGGCCAUUAUCACCAACCCAAAAUCUAAGUAUUGCAUUGGGGACCAGCUUCAGGUUAAAGUGACGGCCAAUGACUAUUCCGGCAACAGGAAAUCCUAUGGUGGAGACUACCUGAGGGCCAGAAUAUACUCCCCUGAUACAAACAGUAGCGCGAGCGGAAGCAUCAUAGACAAUAAAGAUGGGACCUACCUGGUAAAAUUCACCUUGUUCUGGGCGGGGUCCGUACACAUAUCGGUAUUACUCAUGCACCCCAGUGAGGCCGUCUCUGCCUUAUGGAGGGCAAAGAACCAGGGUUUUGCCAAUAUCAAGUACACCGGAAAUUUCACGAGUGCAACUGAGUAUGUGAACAGUGAAUGCGGCUUUGAGUUGGACACGGAGGAGGAAAUCUGCAGAUAUAUAGACAAGAGGGAUGGAGAGGCCUUCUACUGCGUCAAGCCAAAGAAUUACCCGUGUGAGGCCCUGACCCACAUGAACUCUGUCAAUCGGGACCACUCCUAUCUGACCGAGGUGGAGCAGCUUCUUAUCAACAGGUCAAACAUUGGCUUGGAGAUUUCAAAGGCUUUAAAACCAGUCACUGUCCUCAACUGUGGACAAGAUACAUUGAGACCGAUUGAGAAAUGUAGCCUGGGAUCCUAUUACCCAAUCCCGAGUGGAUAUUUCCAUUACAAUAUGUGGCGUCCUAUACACUGCCAGAUGGGGCAAUUCACUGAAAAUGACAAGCUGAAAGAGUUCCUUAAGGGAAAAAAGCUCUUUCUCAUGGGGGACUCCACAGUCCGGCAGUAUAUAAGGCACUUUGCUGAGAACCUUAAAAUUGUGGAUUAUUUCAACCACACAGAAGAUGAGAUGCAAUCUUGGCAGAAGACUCUUCUUGCACUAAACCAAGAAAAGUUUAUCUACAUUCAGUGGAAGAAACAUACAUUUCCAUUUGUGAGCAAAACCUUCUACUCCAUUAAAGAAGAUGCGUACAUGGCCCGACAGAUCGACCGGAUCGGUGGAGGGGAAAACACAAUCAUUGUCCUCACUUUAGGACAACACUUCAGGCCUUUCCCAUUACGAGUCUUCAUCAGGUCGGCCAUCAAUGUCCGCAAGGCUGUAGAGAGGCUCUUCAUCCGUAGCCCUAGGACCAAGGUGAUCAUCAAGGAGGAGAAUGCCCGGGACAUGGACAUCGACAUGGAGAGGUUCAGUGACUUCUAUGGAUAUGUCCAGUAUCUGCUGCUCAGAGAUAUCUUCCAUGGGAUGAAUGUUGGGUUUGUCGAUGGUUUGGACAUGAGCAUUGCUUAUGCGUGUGAUGUCAUUCACCCCCCACUGGAAGUUCUGGAGAACAUCAUCAGCAUGUCCUUCACUCAGGCGUCUUAACAUUGGGUUCAUAGGUUUGAAGAUCUUUGGAACCACAAGAAACAAUGAAGGUCAAUUUCAGAUAUGAACUUAUUAACUUCCUGCCCUAAUUAUAAAUAUCUAAGGCCAAGAGCUGACGCGAAUGACCUUAUAUGUUCUCAGGGCAGAUGUAACAUCGUUUCCCUCAACUCCACUUUGCAGCUCAUGAAAAUGACUCAGCAGGUGGCGACAAUGAGCACAGGAGAAAAACGUUUCAAUGUAAAGAGGGGACUGACUGGACUUUGGGAUUUUCCUGGACUCUUUCCUCUCUGUAUUUAUCCCUGCCUGCAUACAUCUAACCUGAUACAGCUUGCAAAUUACAGUGCAAUACCUGUAUCUGGUGCACCUUAUAGGUCAUCUUGAUGCUGGAAAUCUAAAGGAAGCUCAGAUAUGUCUUCAUAAACGCUAGUGAAUCAACCAACAUUGACAUUUUAAAUAACCAUUAAACAAAAUCAAGUGGGUAUUGUAUAUUUGAGUGGUACUACACCGUCACCAUGUGUCAGAUUUGUAUUACUACAUGUUGUUGCAUGAAAUGAAAGUAGUUUGGUGAGAAAUGCACCUGACUUCCACACCUCAGGAGUAGAGGAUUUACCUUGAAUCUUUGUUGUGAUAAUAAAUAAUGCCAGUUUUCAUAUCAUGUAUUGUGCAUGUAUUACUUUAUUUAUGUAACUUUUAUUCUAUUAUUCUUAUUUUGAUAUCUUUUUUGCCUUACACUCCUGAAAUUUAGAUAAAUAGGUAAAUAUGAAGUCUACAUAAAUAGAAGGGACUUUUCUUUCUUCAAUAACCAUGAAGGUUUUCUAUUCCCCAGGCU